AGACGAGAGAGUGCACUCAACAGACAUCGGUCGUAUCGUUUUAUCAAUUCACUGGAGUGACUGGAGUGCAUUGCGGUGCAUUGGAGGGAUCGUUAAGAAGAAGAAAAAGAAAAGAGAGAGAAAGAAAGAAAGAGACACGCGCGCGCUCAUCGCGACAACAAGAAAGAAAUAGAGGCGACAAAGCGAGGUGUUCUCCGAGGUGCAGAAAGUGCACCGAGAUAAGUGACGCUUGCCCCGCUCCCUCUCACUCUCUCUCUCUCUCUUUCUCUCUCUCAUUCUCUCUGCUCUUCCUCGUGUUACGUUACAUACUCGAUUAUGGUAGCUAGCGCGGUGAGGUUAGCGUAUCACGCCGACACCAGGAAACGGUGAUCAACCAGCAGGAAGGAUGUUCAACUUCCUGAAGACGCGCGCGGCCUCGAUGCAGCAGAACGCGCGCUUCGUGUCGGUCGGCGGCCGGUCGCGGCUCUGCUCCUUCUGCAACUUCCACCAUCUGAGCCCGUCGCGUGCGACGACGAGAUGCUCGCUGAUUCGCUGUUACGCAACUGAUACGGUGAAACUGCACGCUCCCUUGCAAAAGAAGGUGAAACGUCGCUUUAAGAAGUAUGCGGAGUUAUUGGAAGUAACCAAUCAGACAACCAGCAACAAGAAGGCGGCGGUGCAUAAGCUGAGCUCAGCUCAAGUAUCCCUUCUGGUUGGUCAGCCAAACAUCACGCUGGACAAUAUUCCUCCUAAUUUUCGUCUCAAGAAGGAGACAAUCACGACGCAAAGCAAAGACACAAGUAAAAAGACUGAACUGAAGAAUUUGAUUUGUAUGGACGACAAAGUGAACGAUAUGCCUAGUAUCAUAUUUCAGGAAAAUGAUGACCAAUUAGAGGACACUUUCGAAGAGGAUCUGCCGCAGACAUUGAAAUACGAUAUGACUCCAAAUUCUUAUGCUACAAUCCCUUUCGCGAGUGAGACUGACCAACCUGAGACAUAUUUUUCCGAUGCCAAUUUGAUCUCUCAUUUAUUAGCGCAUAUGGACAUUUAUACACAAAUCAAUAUGCCACAAAAAGCCUUCAAGUUGCUUACAUCAAAUAAAAAUCUUCUCAAGCGCAGAAAGCUUCCGAUCGUUCCGUUCUAUAAUCUGCUCUUGAAGUCCCACGUUUCCCAUAGGCAUAUGGAAAAGGCGUUCGAGAUUUAUAGAAUAAUGAAAGUGGAUUCUGUCCAACCGAACCCUCAGACGUAUGCUCUUAUGUUCGAGAUAAUCGGAAAAAUAAAACAUCUAGAGAAACGAGCAGAGAAUGCGGCAGAAAUAAUGGCGGACAUGAACCUCAAUGGCAUCACCUUCGACGAAAUAAUAAACACGUCGCAGAUGAAUACGACGCAACGCAACACUGUUCUUCAGUGUAUGAAAUUGUUGGAUCCACAGUACGCAGUACAGCACGCAGAUAUCGACGCUGCGUACAAUUGUAAACUGUUACAGAAUAAGCCAGUGAACAAUAAGUAUUGUCCAGCGGAGGGAGUGGUCACCACGGACGAGUUGUUGGAUAAGAUGCGUACGCAGAUAGACCUGGAAAAACAACACAAGAUGGACCUGAAAAGCGUCGCAUUGUUCAGCGGAGAUUCCUACAUUAGGGAGCAGGCCGUCAAUCGGAUCGCGGAAUGGAGGGAGGUCUGGAGGUCGUCUGUAGCCAAGGCCUUCGAGAAGAACUUGACCUAUCUGAAACAGAAAGAGACAAAAAUGAAGAUCGAUUUCAGGAUUCUAUAUCCGUUUCUGCAGGUGUUGCCCAAGGAAGUAUAUGUCGACGCGAUUCUAAACGAGAUCGAUCAGUUGAUUAAGCUCUCUGAGGGGUACAGCAACACCAUGAUGUAUCUUUAUUUAAAGCUGGGAAUGUACAUUUACAAUAGAUACGAAUUUCAGCAAAAAAUGAAAGACGGUAUCAUAACUGGCACCAACGAGAUCUACAAGAAGUAUUUGAAGUGGUACAUGCAGAGGGACACUACCGAGAGGAUUAGCAAUGGACGCAUCAAGUGGCAACAUCUCGUCCAUGAGGCCCGGAAGUCCGGCGUUUGCUGCGAGAUGGUGGUGCCGGAGUGGUCGCGCAACAUCAUGAUGAACGUUGGCAAGUUUUUGUACAACAUCAUCGUGAACAACGUGAAGAUCCCGCACGUUCCUAAGCCUGGCGCACCCGAGCGGCAAAUACCCGCGUUCUAUCUGCUCUACAGGCCUCAUUCCAAGUAUUUAAAGCAGGAAAUUAAGCCUCACCCUCAUCUGCACAAGAUCUACAAGGACUCGCAUCCAGAGACCCUGUCCUUCGAAACGGAUACUUUACCGAUGCUUUGUCUGCCGCGACCCUGGGUUAACGAGAACACCGGUGGUUAUCUGCACUCCAAAGUGUCGGUCGUUCGCGACUUCGACGUGAGGCUGUCGCGCCAACUGAAAAACACGAAACAACUAUAUCCGGCAUUGGACUGCUUGAAUCAGCUCGGCUCAGUUCCGUGGCAAAUCAACAAGUUUGUGCUAGACAUCCUGGUGCAGAUCUUCAGAGAGGGAGGCUCACACGAGCUGAACGUACCUCAACCGUCCAUGGUUCUCCCAUCCACAUCGGAGAUGAUCGCGAACAAUACGGAGAAGAAACCCAGAGAGUUGCAGACUCUAUUGAUGCAAUUCAAGCGCAGGCGAAACGAAAUGCACUCGUUGUGGUGCGAUUGCCUCUACAAGCUAUCUAUCGCCAAUCACUUUAGGGACAAGGUGUUCUGGUUACCACACAAUCUGGACUUCAGAGGCAGGGCAUAUCCGGUGCCACCUCACCUGACUCAUCUCAGUUCGGACUUGGGCCGCUCGAUCCUCAUGUUUGCCCAGGGCAAACCGCUGGGCCCUAAUGGUCUGGACUGGUUGAAGAUUCACACGAUUAACAUGACCGGUUUGAAGAAGAGGGAAUCGAUCGACACACGACUGAAGUUCGCGAACGAGAUAUUGGAUCUGAUACUGGACAGCGCGAGAAAUCCCUUAACGGGUGAGAUGUGGUGGGCUAAAGCCGACGAGCCAUGGCAGACUCUGGCGGCGUGCAAGGAGAUAGACAACGCUCUGCGCGUCCCGAACCCGGAGGAGUACGUCUGCCGGCUUCCCGUCCACCAGGACGGCAGCUGCAACGGGCUGCAGCACUACGCCGCGCUCGGUAGAGAUGUGAUAGGAGCGAAGAGUGUAAACCUAUAUCCCGCGGACAAGCCGCAGGAUGUGUAUAGCGACGUUGCCGCGAUGGUCGAUGAGUACAGGAGAGUCGACGCGGAGGCUGGUAACGAGGUGGCCAAGGCCCUUGAGGGUCACGUCAGCAGGAAGGUCAUGAAGCAGACCGUGAUGACCACGGUGUACGGCGUGACCAAGUUUGGGGCCCGGCUGCAAAUCGCCAGGCAGCUUAGCGACCUGCAAGACUUCGAUCAGAAGUACGUCUGGACCGGCAGUAUAUACCUAGUUGAGAAGACGUUCAUGGCACUCCAGAAUAUGUUUGAAAGUGCAAAGGAGAUACAGAACUGGUUCACGGAUUGCGCCCGCGUUAUCACGAUCAGGUGCAAUCAGCACGUACAAUGGGUGACUCCGCUCGGUCUACCAGUCAUGCAGCCCUACACUAAGCCCUGUAAUGUUACCAAUCCGAAAGUCAAGGUAUUCAGAAAGGUAGAUACUGUGAAACAAAAGAACGCAUUUGCGCCGAAUUUCAUUCACUCGUUGGAUUCCUGCCACAUGAUGCUGACGAGCUUGUACUCCGAACAAGCGGGAAUUACAUUUAUGUCGGUGCAUGAUUGUUUUUGGACGCAUCCGUGCUCAGUGGAAAUUAUGAACAGAAUUUGCCGAGAACAAUUCAUCGCGCUUCACAGCGAGCCCAUUCUCAAGGAUUUGUCCGAGUUCUUUUGUACAAAAUACGUGAAAUACUUGAUGAAUGGACGAUCUAUAACGCUGAAAGGCAAGAGUGAUUGGCAAGAGGUCUUCAAGAAGGUUCCCAAGAAGGGUAGUUUUGACAUCAACAUGAUCUUAUCGUCUCGAUAUUUUUUUAGCUGAAAUAUAUUUAUUAUGGAAAAAAUGUACCAUUUUGUUACAAAUGUGAGUGUGAAAUACUGUGAAGUUUUAACACGAAUUGGCUUUUGUUGUACGAAUUGCCAAAUAUAUAAUUUACGUAAAAUAGAGUACGUACAAAGAGUACGUAAAAUAGGUUCUAGGACAAUAUGUAAAUAGCUCGCUAGGACAAUAAAAAUUUUAAAACUU